AUGAGCUGUAUCCGCCGGCUCUUGCUGGCUGUUCUCUUUACAAGUAUUGUUAGUGAGUUUAAUAGCAGUAAGCAGUGGUACACCAACACCUGGGCUGUCUACAUCUCUGGUGGGGCAGGGGAAGCCAGAAGGAUAGCUCGCAAGCACGGAUUCAUCAACUUAGGACGGGUUUUUGACGAUGGGCGCUAUUACUAUUUUAAACACAAGCGAGUGUCAAAACGAUCCAUCAAUCCACACCAGAUGCGACAUAGGCGACUGGAAAAGGAACCCAAGGUGAAGUGGCUGGAACAGCAAGUAGUGAAAAGUCGACAGAAGCGAGCAUUUUCUGUUCCUUCAGAUCCUCUAUACCAUAAGCAGUGGUAUUUGAACAAUGCGAUCCCUAAUGACCUAAACGUUCUGUCCGCCUGGAAGCGGGGUUACACCGGUGAAGGGAUUGUGGUAUCCAUCCUGGAUGAUGGAAUAGAGAAGAACCAUCCAGACUUGGCCAAAAAUUAUGACCCUAAUGCAAGCUUUGAUAUAAAUGAUGAUGAUCCUGACCCCCAACCCAGAUAUAACUUUAACGAUGAAAAUCGGCACGGAACACGGUGUGCAGGUGAAGUGGCUGCUGUGGCCAAUGAUCUAUGUGGUGUUGGUGUAGCAUACAAUGCCAAAAUUGGUGGAGUAAGAAUGCUUGAUGGUGAGAUUACUGAUGUAGUGGAAGCCCGCUCGCUCAGCCUCAACCCUCAACACAUUCACAUCUAUAGUGCUAGCUGGGGCCCAGAGGACAAUGGGCAGACUGUGGAAGGACCAGCAGUAUUGGCAAGUCAGGCAUUCCUCAGGGGUAUUACAAAAGGUCGAGGUGGUCUUGGUUCCAUUUUCGUUUGGGCAUCUGGUAAUGGAGGCUUCCAAUAUGAUGAUUGUAACUGCGAUGGCUAUACCAACAGCAUCUACACACUGUCUGUAGGCAGCACAACUCAACUAGGGAAUGUUCCAUGGUACAGCGAGGCCUGCUCUUCAACGCUAACCACCACUUACAGCAGUGGAACCAGAUUGGAAAAACAGAUUGUAACAACUGAUCUUCGCUUACGAUGUACAGAGAAACACACUGGAACAUCAGCAUCUGCACCACUUGCUGCUGGGAUCAUAGCCCUUGCUCUGGAAGCAAAUCCUACACUGACCUGGCGUGAUAUGCAGCACCUUGUGGUGAGAGCAUCUAAACCUUUGCAUUUGAAAGCAGGCGACUGGACGAAGAAUGGUGUGGGCCGCAAAGUGAGCCAUCACUAUGGGUACGGACUAUUGGAUGCUGGAUUGUUGGUGGAUUUGGCAACAAAGUGGUUAACAGUGAACCCACAGAGAGAAUGCUCCAUAGACAUUAGUAAAUCCCCACAAGUUAUUUCUGACAAGCUUGUCAUCAAGAAAUAUGUUGAUCCUUGUUCUCAAACUAAAAAAUACAUCCGAUCUCUUGAACACGUGGUGGUUAGAUUGUCACUAAGCUACACUCGAAGAGGUGAUCUGAGAAUUGCACUUACUAGUCCCAGUGGGACAUAUUCCAAGUUGGUUGAUGUAAGACCAUAUGACACAUCAAGCCAUGGGUAUAGAGACUGGACCUUCAUGAGCGUACACUGCUGGGAUGAAGACCCAAAAGGAAUUUGGACACUUCAGAUUGAGAAUAAAGGAAGUUCCACAAACACUGGUGUUCUGUCCUAUUUUAAGUUGCUCUUGUAUGGUACUGACGAAAACAUGAUGACAAGACACAUCAAGGAUACCGUGAUAAGCCACUGCAUCAACUGGAAUGAAGAUGGGGUCUGUGAAGAAUGCCAAGGUAACUUUGUCAUCUUCGGACGUCUUUGCCUCAUCACCUGUCCUCCACACUAUUACAAUGUUUCAAGAAUUUUAAAUAAAACAAUGAGUGGUGGUCGCAGAAAUUUCACAGUGGCUACCUGUGCUCCUUGCCAUCCAUCUUGCUAUUCCUGUGAUGGCUAUUCUGUAAAUAACUGUCUGACAUGCCCUCCAUUUUCUAAUUAUGAUGAAAAGCAACAGUCUUGUUCACUUCCUAUUUAUCCAAGACAUUUUGGUAUGAGUGAAAGGAAUGAUCAAAUGGAUGGGCUUCACAAAAUUGUUGUGGUUGCAAUCCUUAUUGGUGCACCUAUUGCUCUGAUCUGUGUUGUAACAUCGUUGUCAUGGUUGAUACUCCGCUUAAGUAGAAGGCAGACAGUAAUGGUAACCACCUCUGUCGCUGGAGCCUCUGAAACAACCCAACUGCAUGUACAGCGUGAUACUUCAGAUGAGGGAACUGGAAGCAGUGAGACAGAGUCCACAUACUUUAUCACACGAUUUGAUCAACGACAGGAUCAUUAA